UUCCAGGGGAUACUGUCAGUUUUCCUGAUGCUGUAAGGCAAAUUGGCUCCUAUCGUCUCCAUAAUGUUUGUGUUCAUCAGUACAGAAGAUCUCUUGCUGUCCCACCCAAGCUGUAUUGUAGACAAGGUGACCUUUGAAUUUAAAACUAUCCUGACCUCUGUAAGAACUUCAGAACUGCCCCCAAGCUGUACGUUUAUGCAUGGUGAUUCUGCUCAACAUAGUAAGGCUGUGAAGCAGCGGUACAAUAACCCUUGCUUUGACAUGCUCCUGUGUGGCUGGCAGACUUGCUGAACUUCACUUCUGCAAAUUUUGAGGUGGAUGAGAAUUGAGGAGGUUUAUUAACGCUCAGCAGCUGAGUUCGGUAACCAGCUGGAGACACAAUGCAGCAGUGAUGGCAAAAAUAAAGCAGCAUGAAGGUUUCAUGUCCAGCAGCUUCUUUCCAAAAGCAAAUUCCUCGGACCAGCAGUAGAGCUGGUGCCACGAGGUGUCCUCAUGAUAGAGAGAAGUUGUACCACUUUCUUCUAGAAUUGUUUUUUCCACAGCGAUUUGACUUUUUGCUCAUUUCUUGGGCUGAUAAUGGACCACUUUGAGAAUGGAAAAAUCCCUCUCCCUUCUGGCUCUGUCCUCCCUCCAGCAGCUCCCUCCUCUCCAGGUGUCAGCGCAGUUCCAGUGGAAAAAGACCAUAUGGAGGAAAUGGUAACACGGUGCAUAGUGGAAGUUCUGUCCAAUGCUCUCUCUAAGCUAAAUGCACCACCAAUUAAUCCUGAAUGUAAAGAAAUCCUCAAAAAGAGUGGUAAAAAUGACAGAGAGAGAAGUGAAGAGAAACAACUUGAAGCAAGGCAUUUGAAAGACCCAGCAGAGAUGGAAAAACAUCUUGCUGGGGGUGUGGAGAAGGAGCAAAGUCAGGUAGAAGAUGACUCUAGAAAGCACAUGAAAGGAAGUGGUGAAGGGAAAGUUGUUCCCGAGGAAGGUAAGAGCAAGGAAGAGGAGGAGGGACACCACAUACCUGUUAAUGAAGAGAGACUUCAUACAGAAGAAAAGAAACACUAUCAGGAAAUCAGAAGAGAGGAGGAGAACAGCUACCACAGUGAAGAAGAAAGCAAAGAGAGCAAGCAUCAUGACGGAGAGGUGGACCGUGCUGUUCUCAACAAGAAGUCCAACUCGGCAGACAUGGGUACAGAGGAGUUCCCCGAGGGGAAUGACCAACGCCCCGUGGGCCACUGGCAUUUGGAGGAGGGAAUGCAGAGCCCUUACAAAAGAAUUCACGGUGGUGAAGAGGGAGAGGCAGAGGAAGAAAGAAGUGAAAAAUACCACCAUGAGUCUAAGGUACGUGAUUUCGCCCAUCAGCAAGAACAUGAAGAAUCUGAUGAGAGUGAAGAAGCAGAGGAGGAAAAGCAACCUUACAAACCAAAACAUUCCCAUGGAAAGCACGGAAUGGAUGACUCCUCUGAAGAGAAGAGAGGCCACGGUGGUGAGAAAGAGGAACUAGCUGAGGAAUCAAAUGCAGAGGAGACUCGUCUCUGGGACAGAAGGAACCACCGUCAGAAACACCACCGUGAAGAAUCUGAGCAGCAGCGUGAGGAGAAGAGUGGUUAUCGUGGGAGGCACGGGUCUGAAGAGGUAGAGGAGAAGAGGCAUGCAGGCCAGGGAAGUGCAGAGUACAGAGAGAGGUGGCAGCAGAGUGAAGAGAGCAGCGAAGAAGAAAGUAAGAGGCAUCACCAUGGUGAAGAAAGUGAUGAGAAAUGGCGCGAGGAGAAGAGGCACCAUGAUGGAUCGCAUGAGGCAAGGAGACACCAUUCUGAGGGAAGGACGUAUCGUGGAGGUGAAAGUGAGGAAGAGCUAGACAGGUAUCACAGCGGUGGCAGCAAGGAGAGGCAGCAUCGUGCUGGAGGCAGAUACCGCUUGUGGGACAACGAAGAUGAAGAGAUACAGAAAGCGUACGCUCAGGAGCGCAGAGGGCAGGCCAGAACACAUUACAGCACUGAGGACAGUGUAGAGCAGCAGCGCUACCCUGGCAACAGUGAGGAGGAGGAGGAGGAAGUAGAAAAGAAGCAUUACAGCAGUGAUCAGAUGGAAAAUGAAGAGGAGAAUAUGGAGGAAGGAAGAUACGGCGAGGGGGAAGAGUACAGAAGCCAUCUCCCUGCAGAGAACGACAAGAGAACCGCAGCAUCCUACAGCUCUUUAUACCCACUGCUGUGGUGGAAGAGCCGGCACUUUGAGAAAAGGAACAGUGCAGGAGAGCGGCUGCUGGAGAGUAAAGAGGAGAGCAGGCCCACCCUGAACGAGAAGAACCUUUUCCCUGAUUACACUGACUAUGACUGGUGGGAAAAAAAGCAGCUUCUAAGUGCUCUGAACCACGGACGCUCCGAGAAGAGGAACCUUGGCAAAAUGAACAGAUAUGAUAUGAAAAGGCAAUACAACAAGAUGGAUCAACUUGCACAACUCCUGAAUUACAGGAAGAAAUCAGCUGAGUUCCCAGAGUUGUACAGCUCUGGAGAAGACAUGAAAAAACGUCACAUAGUCAGGAAUGACAAAGGAGCUCUGAGCCAGAGGCCUCUGACAGAAGAGGAGGAAAAAGAACUGGAAAACCUGGCUGCUAUGGAUUUGGAGAUGCAGAAAAUAGCGGAGACAUUGAAUGACAACAGAAGAGGCUGAAGAUGAUCUGCUUUGGUGUUUCAAAGCUAGGUGUAGCUUCACUCACAAUACCUGUAUUUUGUGGUAAAUUCAUGGCCACUGGAUUGUUUGCCCUAAAAACAGGAAAUACUAUUUACUGUCCACUAUAGUGUAGUGAUUUAUACAGCUGAAAAUGUCUUUAAUUUGCUAUUAUGCUAUUGAAAUCUGAAUAGCAUGAAUUUUAAUAUUAUAACCUUUCAUGCGAGGCAGAUAUUUUUAAUACGCUUGUGAAAAUAAUUGUGUUAGUGUUCUUCAGAAAUAUGUGUCUGAGUUUGAAAUAAUAAAAAAAAUUGAUCUUGGAGCAAACUUUCUCCUUGCUUAU